ACACCUGUCUGUCUCUCCCUCUGCAACUGUGUCUGUGUCUUUCCGAUGGCGCCUCAAAAACUUACCGAAUACGAGCGUCAAAGACUGGAGAAUAUCAAGCGUAAUGGGGAAAUGCUCGCUUCUUUCAAGAUCCAUUCCAAAGUCAAUGAACUCUCCGCUGCAACAAAGCGCCAAAGAGUACAAAACAAAUCUUACAAAGUUAGCCCUGCGAAGAAACCGAAAACUGAAACCCCAAUUGUGAUUCGGAGGUCCCUCCGGACCCGAGGGAUGCCGCCAGAUUCAUCAACUGCAGGUGGCCUCAAGGACGACUUUGAUUUCAAAGAAACCCCAAACAAAACCCUAAAAUCACAAACUACACCAAAGAAGUCGUCUCGUGAAUUGGGUCCUCUUAGUAUGAAAGAUGCGUAUAGGGGUACCACCUCUGAUCGAACGCUCAUCGAAACAAUUUUGGGUGUAUCGAAGAAGUCGCAAUUAUGUUACGGUGAUAAUUUAGUAAAAGGUAUUGAUGAGGGUUCUAGGGAUUGGAUUAUGGGAUUGCCUGAAAAUGAGAAAUUAGGUUACCCAAUUAGAGUAAGUAGUUCUAUUGAUCUGGAGUCACUGGAAUUAGAAGAGGAGAGUAUAGCACGGGUUGUGCCUGGGCGAAUAUUCUCUGUUCGGUUCUUUCCGUCAGCGGAUAUGAAAAUGGUUGUUGUGGGGAACAAGUUUGGGGAUGUUGGACUUUGGAAUGUUGAUUCUAGUGAGGAGGAUGGAGAUGGGAUUUAUCUGUACAGUCCACAUUCCGGACCAGUUUCAGGGAUUGCAAUUCAGCCGUUUUCACUGUCAAAGAUGUUUACCUCAUGCUAUGAUGGAUUUAUUCGAUUGAUGGAUGUUGAGAAGGAGAAAUUUGAUCUGCUAUAUUCCUGUGAUAAUGCCAUAUUUUCUAUUUCUCACCAGCCAAAUGAUGUGAAUUCCUUAUAUUUUAGUGAGGGUCAUGGGGGACUUGGUAUUUGGGAUGCAAGGGCAGGAAAAUCUUUAACCUUAUGGAAUUUGCAUGAAAAAAAGAUCAACACAACAGAUUUUAACCCAGAAAACACUAACAUUAUGGCUACAAGUUCUUCCGAUGGGACAGCCUGUAUUUGGGACUUGAGAAAUAUUGAUGCAGAUAAGCCAAAACCUUUGAAGACAAUUGGCCAUAAAAGGUCUGUGCAGUCUGCUUACUUUUCACCUUCUGGGAGCAGUCUUGCAACAACAAGUUUUGAUGACAAAGUUGGUUUAAUAAGUGGAGCUAAUUAUGAGGAUAUAUCUAUGAUAUAUCACAAUAACCAGACAGGCAGAUGGAUCUCUUCAUUUAGAGCAAUAUGGGGUUGGGACGAUUCAUAUAUCUACAUUGGCAGUAUGAAAAGAGGAGUUGAUGUAAUCUCUGCAGCUCAGAGAAAUAUUGUCGCCACUUUAGAGAGCCCACACGUGUCUGCGAUUCAAUGCCGCUUUGAUGCUCAUCCUUACAAGGUUGGUAUGCUUGCAGGUGCCACAAGUGGGGGUCAGGUUUAUGUGUGGAGUUCAUGCUAAGAAAAUAGCGUCUUUCUGCACCAGGUUUAUGUUGUAUUAUCUUUGGUGGGUUUAGUUUCAUGUCAAUUUUUUUCCUAUGACUUAGAAGUUUUGUUAUUGCUUGAACCAUUAUCGGAUGCUUAGGUUCUAUAGUACACUACCAUUUUAGUAUUGCAAUUUGAUCGGACAGAUGAUACCAAUCAUCAAACAAAUUUUAUAUUUGAUGUAAACAAUUUUUAUAUAUGAUGUGGAAUGGAUAAGUUAAAUGUAGGAUCUUAUUAA